AGCGAGCGAUUCGGCGUGAAAGCAGAGACAGCGAUAACUGUUUUUAGCACGAAUUUCCAGCAUCUAUCUUCCAACAUUUACCAACCGGACCUGCCAUUAGUGGUUUAUCUGUUAGACUUCCGAUAUCCCACACAUAAUCUCCCUUUCGCGAAUACCAACCAUCACAAUGGCGGCCGCGGACAGGGUCGAGGUCGUCGACGACAAGAAGCUGAAGAAGGAGAAGAAGAGCAAGGACAAGUCGGAGAAGAAGGACAAGAAGCGCAGCGACAACGACGGCGUCCGCAAAGAGAAGAAGGACAAGAAGAAGGAUAAGGUGAAGCAAGACAAGCUCGCCCGCGCCCUCGAUGCCCACCUCCAAGCCGAUGCCGCCGCCGCGUUCGAGGACGACGAGGUCGCCGAUGUCGACCCCGAGGACCUCAUCAAGCCCGCCGAGGAGCUGGUCCCGUUCGCGCUGCCGCUCGCCGACGACAAGACGCACAAGAAGAUCUUCAAGCUGAUCAAGAAGGGCGCCAAGCUCAAGUCGAUCCACCGCGGCGUAAAAGAGUGCGAGAAGGCCAUCAAGAAGUGCCCGCCCAAGACGGCGGCGUCGGGCGAGGUGGCGGCGCCCGGGCUGGUCAUCAUCGCGGGCGACAUCUCGCCCAUGGACGUCAUCAUGCACUUCCCCGUGCUGUGCGAGGAGCACGGCGUGCCGUACCUGUACGUGCGGUCGCGGGCCGACCUGGGCGUGGCGGCGUGCACCAAGCGCGCGACCAGCGUGGUGAUGCUCAAGCCCGAGGGCAAGAAGCCCGCCGCGGGCAGCGGCGGCGACAAGGGCAAGAAGAAGGACGCCGACGCCGAGAUGGAGGACGCCGACAGCGGCAAGGUCAGCGCCGAGGAGUACCUCGACUCGUGGAAGGACUUGAUCAAGACGGCCGAGAAGCAGUGGAAGAUCCAAGUCCAGCCGUGGGUCAAGGGCACCCACCCGCUCCAGAUUGCCGACCGGGAGAAGGCGCGGCUGGCAGCGAGCGCUUGAGUUCGAUCCGAAGGGGGAAGCUGCUUUCGUCUCGGCGCAUUGACACGGCAAAAGCAAGGCAAGUCCACCCAUCACCAAGUGGGCUUGCCAUGGCUAGCCUGUCCAUGGCUCCUUCCGUCCUUGACCCGGUCUCGCCCAAUGGACCGGUUCCAGGACAUCGCAACGGCAACUCUCAGUUGGAUUGCCUGUGUUGAUCACCUGCUGGCUGUAUGACUGAUCACGUUGGCCGGCUUUGCUCCGUUGGUUUUUAUGGCUCUCUUGUCUAAUGGAUGGCGUUAAGAGGGUUUGGCACUUUGCAUGGGUUCCGGGGAGCCAGAAGGCUUCUGAUGUAGAUAUUGAAAAUGAAAAGUUUCUCUUGUUAUGGGUCUAGGCUAGCAGCGUAUUUGCAACCGGGAAACGAGAAAUGGGACGCAAUUACGAAGCAG